AAUAAAAAAGAUUUAAAAGAAAGAAAAAAAACUAUGAGCUACUAAAAUUUUUAGUCCUAAUUUGAAAAUUUUGAAAUACAAGAUUUUUCCUCCUAAAAUGAGGAAUAAUAUGACACAAUGUAUACUAAAAAUGACUAUUAAUAUUCCGGUGAUUAAAAGAACUAUGAAAAUCAACAUUCUAUGGGCACUAAUUCAUAGGAUAGUACUUAUUAUAUAGAAAAUUAAUAUAAUAGUUAGAUUUAAGUUACCAAUGAAAUCACAUCUUUGCAUAUGAAUAGCAAUAACUCUUUAUCACGCGAUAGUAACAAUAGCUAAAAAAGUUAAGACUUCUACUUCUAAGGUUACUAAUAGUAAAGUUAAACCUGUAUUAAUCAAUACCCUAAAAAUUCAAGUUUUUUUAAUUACAAAGAAAAUGAUGUAAAUUAGCACGAAAAUAAUAAUUAAAACUAUUUACAUCAAGAGUAGAAUAACUCAAAUUAUAAUUAGUUUAUCUAAAACUAUAAUAAUAACUUUACUUAACAAAAAUAAAUUCAAAAUGAAUAUUAAUAACAAUUGGCAAACCCUAGCUAAAUGUAAAACCAGUUUCAAGAAGGCAAAUAUCUUUCAUCCAAUCAAAAUAUUGUAAAUAAGCAACAGAAUUCUAUGGAAUAGGAAAACGCAAAUUAAAAAGAUAAAAAAAACUAUAAACCCUAAUAUUAAUGUAAAGAAUGCAAAAUAAAAAGAUAUAAAAACUACAGUGGUCUCACAAAUCAUGUAAAAAAAUUUCAUCCUGGUCGUAAAACUUCUGAAUUAUCAAUGGAACCUAAUACAACUUUAGGUAGAAAACCUAUAUUUAGAAAUAAUCAAUAAAAUUGA